ACAAGAAACGAUCAUGGUUCUCAUAAGACCCCAGCAAAUUUCGCGCGACGUUAUAAGUCGCGGGCCCUUUAACCUUUCCUCUUCUCCUUCCACUCAUACCCGAGGGCACUUUUUACUUUUCUUAUUAAAUGACAAGCUCGUGGCUUCAUUCAAACGCUAACCACUUGGAGUCAUCUUGGAGUUUUUCAUCUAGGUGUUGUUUGAAAAACCUUUCUUUGUAAUCUUCGUACCCUUCACCCUUCACCCUUCCCUCUCACCACUAGCAGCUUGAGACCGGAAUGCCUCACCUCAAGGAGCACAAUGAUGUUCUCCUCGACCGCGACAACCUCUCUGCUAUCCUAGGUCACUUCUCAGAGGGUCUCUAUAGGUCGUUCGCUGGCAGACAGGUACGACUUGUCGUUCACGGUGGAGCCGUAAUGGUUCUCCACCGCCGUCUCGCCUGCCGCGACUCUACGAGGGACAUUGACUUCUGCCUACGCCCAUUUGUGACUAAAUGUCGUAAAGCGGGCAUCUACGAUGCUGAGGCGCAAUUGAACUCCUGCAUCAUCUCAACUGCCAAACAUUUUGGCCUGGGCGCGGACUGGAUGAACUCUCAUGCUGAUGUAGCUCUUCCUGUGGCUUACCAUGCAAACGGAAAGCCGUAUUAUCCUGUCUACGAAGAUGCUUAUCGUCCCGAGAACAUCUCGAUUAAUACCAUUUAUGAGUCUCGGGGCCUCGUCCUGAUCGGUGUAAGCUGGUCAUGGGCAGUCGCUCUCAAGCUUGUGCGAUACCAGAAGAGUGACCCAUACGAUAUCGCUCGCAUACUCACUCUUGGGUACCACCAGAAAGGUGUGCAGUGGACACGCACGAUCCUCGAGAAUUGGCUCAAGGACAUGUGCGGUGCUAUGGGGUAUGAGAGGUAUCCGCCGCAACUCAUGGAAGAGACUCGCGAGCGGAUGCGGCACGCAAUCAGAUUGACGAACACGGCGUUGAACCCGUCCGUCUCAGCGCCCCCUCCGAAAUCGGCGUUGAUAUGGCAUGCACCUAAGCAGCAGCAGCAGCCACCACCGCCUUCAUUGCCGCCACCGAAGACAUAUCCGAUACCUACUCCGCCGAAGUUGACGCCAAUAUAUAAAGCCAUGCCCGGUGUCUACCUCUCUGCACCACCUUCUUGGUCCGAUUCCCGGCCAGCUUCGUCAUCUUCCAGGCAUUCAUCUUCGUCUUCAAGGCAUUCGUCUUCACGACCCACCGUUCUUCCACCACCACCAUCUCGACCAUCUCAGAUGCCGACAAUACCGCAACAUGUCUCUCAUCACACCCCGCAGUAUCAUAUACCCAGCUCGAGGAUGAUGUCCGUGUACUAGCGCAUGGACAUGCCUCGAUGUAUUGGUCCCCUUUUCCUCUUCUAUAGGGUUUGUGUCGUAUCUGUAUUGCUUUUUGAUCUAGCUUUGCAUGUCGCUUUGGAGACUCCGGACUUUCGCACUGCCCUAUUAAUAUUAAUCGUAUUUCACCAUGUCUCUUCAAUUCACGUACCUUACGAUAAUGACUCCGCUCAGCUCCUACUUGUAUCUCUUCGCCUUCGUCCCAACAAAAGGGCUUCAUGACCACCUCAUGACUCGAUGUCCAUCUCCGUUAUUUUAUUACUUACGCCUCAUUACGCCCUUACGACCUUGCUCUUCUAAUACUAGACCAAUAGAUAGUCCAAGUAUCAAGAAUGAUUAUACCCCUUGCUCUAU